AGGUUUUAUAAAUUGCUUAUUGUUUUUUUUAAGCCAGCCACAAACCUGGGCAAGCAUACAAACCGAAAGAAGCCACAGUUGCCAUAUCAACACCGACGGCGGCUGCGGGUGAUGGCACUCGUUUUGAACGGAAUGGAUAGUGCAGCCAUUUCCACCUACAGCAGUUAAAGCUCCACCUUAACAAACCGAUGUCAGCUUUCAUGCGGGUCUUUUUUUUGUUUUUGCAUUGACGUCAGUGCAUACGGCACAAAACAGAGGCUUUCUUCAUAUUUCCUAUGCUGUAGUCAGAAUGUGGACAUACAGUCAGACAAUGUACCAGUUUUAGGCAAAUUUGGCUGCGACAGCUGUUGAUUUAUUUCCCAUCACUUCGAGGAGGUCUCCGUCCAAGGAUAACUGCAGCACAACCAGCGGUGCCCAGAGUGCGGCGCAGGCAGGAACCAACGGCCACAACAUCAGGGAUCAUGAUGGAGGGGGGUAUGCAGCUGAUCAACCGUGAUGGCCACAGCAUUUCGCACAACUCGAAGCGACACUACCAUGAUUCCUUCGUGUCCAUGAACAGGAUGCGACAGCGUGGCCUGCUAUGUGACAUUGUGCUUCAUGUCUCCAACAAAGAAAUCAAGGCCCACAAAGUGGUUCUUGCAUCCUGCAGCCCCUACUUCCAUGCUAUGUUUACCAAUGAAAUGUCUGAAAGUCGGCAGACCCAUGUGACCCUUCAUGACAUCGACCCUCAGGCUUUGGAGCAGUUGGUCCAGUAUGCCUACACUGCAGAGAUUGUUGUAGGUGAAGGCAACGUGCAGACAUUGCUCCCAGCAGCGAGCCUGCUGCAGCUCAACGGGGUGAGGGAUGCCUGCUGCAAGUUCCUCCUCAGCCAGCUGGACCCCUCCAACUGCCUGGGCAUCCGAGGCUUUGCUGACACACACUCCUGCAGUGACCUGCUCAAAUCAGCACACAAAUAUGUGCUGCAGCACUUUGUAGAGGUUUCCAAGACAGAGGAGUUCAUGCUCCUGCCAUUGAAACAGGUCCUGGAUUUGAUCUCCAGCGACAAUCUAAAUGUUCCAUCUGAAGAGGAGGUGUACCGGGCCGUCCUGAGCUGGGUGAAGCAUGAUAUAGAUGGACGCAGGCAACAUGUACCCUGGCUGAUGAAGUGUGUACGCCUGCCACUGUUGAGGCGAGACUUUCUGAUGAGCAAUGUUGACACAGAGCUGCUGGUUCGUCACCACUCUGAGUGCAAGGAUCUGCUGAUAGAGGCUCUAAAGUACCACUUGAUGCCUGAGCAGAGGGGAGUCCUGAGCAACAGUCGGACGCGCCCACGACGCUGUGAGGGCGCGAGCCCUGUGCUCUUCGCCGUUGGUCAGUGUGCUCCUGAAGGUGGUGGCAGCCUGUUUGCCAUCCACGGAGACUGUGAGGCAUAUGACACCAGGACAGAUCGCUGGCACAUGGUGGCAUCCAUGUCCACAAGGCGGGCACGGGUGGGUGUGGCAGCCAUUGGAAACAGACUCUAUGCUGUCGGAGGGUAUGAUGGGACCUCAGACCUUGCAACUGUGGAGUCUUAUGAUCCUAUCACCAACUCCUGGCAACCGGAGGUUUCCAUGGGAACAAGACGGAGUUGUUUGGGUGUAGCUGUCCUUCAUGGCUUGUUAUAUGCUGCUGGAGGUUAUGAUGGUGCUUCCUGUCUCAACAGUGCAGAGCGUUAUGACCCGCUCACCAGUACAUGGACCUCAAUUGCUGCCAUGAGCACCCGAAGGCGAUAUGUUCGGGUAGCAACUCUAGAUGGCAGCUUGUAUGCAGUGGGAGGUUAUGACAGCUCCUCACAUCUGGCAACAGUGGAGAAAUAUGACCCUCAGAGUAACACAUGGACGGCCAUUGCCAACAUGCUGAGUAGGCGCAGCAGUGCCGGUGUGGCCGUGCUGGAUGGGAUGCUGUACGUCGCAGGAGGCAAUGAUGGCACCAGCUGCCUGAACUCAGUGGAACGGUUUAACCCUAAAGCCAACACCUGGGAAGGAGUCUCUCCCAUGAACAUACGCAGGAGCACCCAUGAUCUGGUGGCUAUGGAUGGCUGGUUAUACGCAGUGGGAGGUAAUGAUGGCAGCUCCAGUCUCAACUCCAUUGAGAAGUACAACCCACGCAGCAACAAAUGGGUGGCAGCCUCCUGCAUGUUCACACGGCGCAGCAGCGUGGGCGUGGCAGUGCUGGAGCUUCUGAACUUCCCUCCACCUUCCUCACCCACUCUCUCGGUUUCUUCCACCAGCCUUUGACACGGGGUCACCGUUUGGCUGACCUCAGCCUCUGCUGCUGCUACAGCCCAGACCGGCUCUGGGAAACGACGCAACUGCUCAGUAUAGGACGUGGAGUAGGAGCAAGAACGGUUGGGAUUGAACAGGUAAAUGUAUGGAGGGGAGGGAAAUGGACAGACUGAAUGAGGACCCCCAUCUUGAUACAGUGCACUCCAGAAUUAGUGGUAGAUUGGCCAGUUAUAAUCCAUAAUAUAGAAUAGUAUGAACCUCAGUAAAAACAAUAUAUAACCUUUUUUUUCUAAGUCUCCGCAUACCCACUCCACAAGUAAAUUUUCUCAUAAUUAUUAAAGCAAAAAGGAAGAAGAUUAUUGAAGAAUCCACAGGGCUUUAAAAGUCACUGCAUUUGUGCCACAGGUAAUAUUUUAGAAAGCAUCAUUAUUGUAAACAUGUUAAAUGGUGCAAUGAAAUUGAGGUUUUGAGGACAAACACCCUCAGUUUUAGCUAAACAAGAAAUUAGUUAUACCAAUCAUCCUUUAAGUAAUAACUUUGAUUUGAUCUCUGAAUUUUACUGUUAAUUCUAAACUGCACAGUAUCUGGUUUGGAUGUCCAAGAGUCCACUGUAAAGCUCCACCAUACAUAUACCAGCUCCCACUUUCCUCAAGAUACAUUUCAUGAUAAAAGAUGUGUGAAUUUCUUUUGCACACCACAAAGUGUGUGACACACUUACUGUGAAACAGAGAAAGUGUGUCAAACAUGUAGUUCUGUCAUAUGUGUUGUAGGUGUUUUUGGUUAGAUAUUGUCCUCUGCAAGGCUUUUCUUUGAUAUUUAAGAGUUUUUGCAAUAUUGAUUUAAAAGAGAGAGAGAGAGAGACUGAGAGACUGAAUGAUUUUAGUUUUGGAAUGUAGCUUUUUGGUGAUUGUACCAUGCAUGUUUUCGUAUCAGCACAGACUCCCCAGAAGAAAUGUUGUUGUGCUGCUGUGCCACACUAGGUGGCAGUAUCAACCCUUCUCACACCACAAGAAACCAUGGAGGUAUGUAACGGACACCAACAACACAAGAUUCUGAUGCUAGGUCCUGAGAACUGUAAAUGAGUUUGGAUCCUUUUAUAUAUGAAACAGAGAAAUAUAUUGAACUAUACAUAUUUAUGAAAGCUAAUAUAUUCUGUUUCAAAGAUGCUUAAAAAGGAAAUAGAUCUAAGACAUGCCUAUUUAAGAGUGUUUUUAAUAUAUUUAUUUAGAUGUGUGGUGUGCAUAUCAUCAGUGGCAAUGACAAAGAGAAUGUGUUAGCACAGGGGUCCAACUCCAGUUCUUUAGGGCCACUUUCUUGCAGGUUUUAGAUGUUUCCCUGCUGCAGCUCGCCUGAUUCCAAUUAUAUGGUUCUCUGACAGCUUGAUAUCAUAUUCUGCACAAGCCUGUUAAUGACUCAUCAAUUUGAGUAAGGUGUGUAGCAGCAGGAAAGCCUCCUUAACCCGUAGAGCAAUGACCUAAGAGGUAUGGAGUUGGUGGUUCUUGUCUUAGCAUGAAAGAAGUACCUGUUGAGUUUAUAUUUGGAGUUUAAGCGGACUGCUAGCUGCAUUAUGAUAUGCAGCAUUUCAUUUGGAUUUCUUACAUGUUUCUUCACUGCCACAAGCAUGAACUCACAUGACACUGUUACUUAUGUCUGUAUUAGAAGAAAAAAUCACUUGCAGAACUGUUGGACAGUCUGUAAAAAGACUCCAUAUGGUCUUAAAUCUUACUUCUAAUUUAUUUUAAAUAAUACUUUGAGAUAAAAAUCUCAGCAUGACAGCUUCAAAUUUAAUUUAAAUCAAAAACUAGUUUACGCUCAAUAUAUAUAUAAGCAAUUGACAUUUGGGGCCGUCAGUAUCCCUCUUGUUUUAUUACCUCAUUGUUAAAAUGGAUAUAAUUCUAUUGUACGAAGCUGAAUAAGUAAGAACUGCUUAACCAACCUCAGUUUUACAGAUUACAGAGUCUGUGGUGGGUAACUUCACCAAUGAACAUGCUUUGUCUAAAAUACAUGUAUGACUAUGAAUCAUCCAGGUUCAUGUAUGAGUCAGCAUCUGGGUUCAGUGCAGUUAUUGUGGUGAAGUGAUGCCGUUCCAAACUUCUAGGAAGUUGCCUUUUCUCCUUAUUUUAAAGGAUUUUGUUGACCCGGUUCUGUUUUUUCUGAAACUACCUUAUUUUUCAUUGAUGUGCAUGUGACAGAAUUGGAGCAGUGAUGGCCUUAUAGAGAUGCUAUUUAUCUGUCAAGUUGAAGUGAGUUGGACAGAAUUUGAAGACAAAGGUGCACAAAACCACAUAAAACUUUGGCCUCCAUUCUGUGCAUUGAAUUGUACAUAAAAGAUUGCUCAGCUUAUCUUAAUUCCAUCUGUGCAAUUUAAAUGUGACUGUAGCUUUCUUUAGUUUGUGGUUAUUGUAGUAAUAUUUAUUUAUGUUUGUUAUUUAUGACAUACUUUAAGAUAUUGAAUUUUGCACUAUUGCGAAGAGGAGCAAUACCAUACACUUAAAAGAAGAAAUAAAGAUGUUUUCAGAUGUGA